AGCAAAAGCCCAAAAAGACCAAGCAAGGUUUAAGAAUUCCCACAAGUCUAUUGUCGAAGGCACUGCCAUUCUUGUUUCUGAGCUGAGACUGUGACAUGCCACUGCCAUAUAGAAUGUCGAAGGCGAACGCUGCAUUACGCCAGGGUGGCAAAGCUCUCAAAGAUCUCAACUUGCUCAAGGUUUUGCAGUCUGAGAUUCAGCAUGAGCUUUCCUUUAACCCCCCUGAGGUAAGCCGAAGCUCUUCAAUGGGUGAGUUUGUGGUGGAUUGCGAUUUGCCACAGUCCCAAGAUUUGGUUUUGAGGAGAAAGUAUGAGAGUGGUGAGGAGGUUGCUGUUUCAGCUUUGUUGGGUCCUUUUAGUCCUGAUGGCUUGGAGGGAGUGGAAUGUCUUUACACAAGGGAUGUUUUGAUGAAGGUAUGUUUGAAGAAGCCUGGUUUGAGCUCAAUGCUGCAGUUUGAUUGCAGUGUUUAUGAGAAAGAUGGUAUUGGGUCUGGGUUUAAAAUCCAUAAUGCCUAUUGUUUUCAACCAUCUGUUGGUCUUGGCCCUUCAGUCUAUAACCCCCCAUUCAGCGAUUUGGACAAGAAAUUACAAGUUGAGCUUAAGAAAUAUCUAGUAUCCAAGGGUAUUGGAGAAAGCCUGACCAACUUCCUCCUCCACCACCUUCACAAAAAGGAGCAAGCUCAAUAUGUGGACUGGCUGCACAAACUUGAAUCAUAUGUUGCAAAAUCAGAGUGACAGAAUUCAGUCGCAGUUUCGAAAGUCUUUAAAUGUUCGUUUUACAACUAUGAAAUUAGGCAAUUUGGGAAGUUCUAACAAUGUAACCUGCUGGUGGUGUAUUGGUUGCUUGGGCUGAGCACUCUGGUGCUCCUGUUAAUGGAUUCCUAUAUUCAGAUCAAGAUAGGAGGGGGGAAAAAAGAGGCAAUGACUAAAGUUUAUGGUCCUGUAAAUCAUGAUUAAGAGACAAAAGCUAUUGAUUUCUUUUUUGGUUCCCCUUAUGGUGUGUUUGAACAAGCAAUUUAACAAGAACGAGAUUUAGGUCU